AUGGGUAAAAUUCGUCGUGAAAAAACUAAAAGUAAACCAAAAAAAGAGGUUGAAAUUGUACCGGAUAUAGUAGAUGAUGAUGAUGAACAAGUAAUGGAUGAUGAUAAUGAUGAAGAAGUAGCUGAACAUAAUCAACCUGAUUUUGAUAAACGUAGUGUAGUAUCUAAUAAAACUAUUAAAUCACUUGUAUCAAAGAAAAAAGAUAAAAUUCAAUUAAAACGACAAUAUCUUCUCAAACGUCUUACUGCAGCUCAUGAAUCAAAAUGUGAAGCUAAAGAACGAGCUGAACGUCGAAAAACUGUUAUUGUUAGUGAUAUGAAACAUGAAUUUGAAAAUUCUCUUGGUCAGAUUGAAUCCUAUCUUGAAGAACAACGUUUAGCAAAUGCAUCAAAGAAAAAUACUCGUAAACAAAUUCUUUCACAAGCUGAACGUAACCGACAAAGUCAAACAAAUAUUGAUAUAUUCAAUAAGAUUUCUCAAUCAGCUGAAUAUUCUACUAGUCCAUUUGAACUUAUUAAAAAACAACUUGAACAACAAAUAACUCCAUUAACAAAGAAAAAAAGUUGA